AUGCUAAUACUAACAAAGAAAUCAUAAUAAUAAUGUUGUAAAGUUUGGAUCUUUUGAGGUUUGGACGUUGCAGUGAAACAUGGGUGACUCGACUUGUCUCAUGCAGCAACCAUUCUGCUAUGCUUCAGGCAUUUCCAAUGAAGCCAACGAGAACAACCCAAUUCAUGCACUUGGGCAGUCAAUUUCGUUUGGGAGGUUCAUGUCAGAGUCCCUGGCAUGGGAGAAGUGGUCUAGUUUCUCACACAACCGCUAUGUGGAGGAAGCAGAGAGAUACUCAAGACCUGGUUCUGUUGCACAGAAGAAGGCUUUCUUUGAAGCUCACUACAAGAAACUUGCUGCUCAGAAGGCUGCUGCAUUGCUUGAACAAGCAAACAAUGGGGCACAAAACAAUGCCACUGGACCAGAAGAAGACAAUGUCACUCAUUCAAAUGACAAUGACAAUGUCACUCAUCAAAAUGACAAUGACACUGUCAUUCAUAAUUCACAAACAAGUCCAAAUUCUGAAAUGGUUGUCGAGGUAGAGCAAGAUGCAAAGGUUUUGACUCUUACAUCUGAAAGUGUGAAGGUAGAGGGAACUGAGGCAGUGAUGGAAGAAGUUGCUGUUGUAGGAAAUUCAAUGGAGGUUGAAUUGCAAAACCAGCUUGAAGAUCUUGAUGAUGCACAAAGGGAGCAAAAUGAAACGUUUAGUGUAACUGUAGCACCAAUUUUGACACCACUAGUAAAGCAGGUCUCUAUCUCUGAUCAGGAAGUUUUGGCUGAUGUGGGCAAGAAGAAACCCCCAGUUUCUUCCUUCAAGUUGUUGUCAUCAAAGGCUAAUGGAAACUCCAAGUUCACCUCUACACCUGUCAAGUCCACAGCUGCUAUUUCUUACAAAAAAGAAAGCAUUGCUUCACCAAUGAGCAUAAAAUCUGCAAAUGGAACCUCCAAGUUCACCACUACACCUGUUAAGCCCACAACAGCUACUUCUUUCAAAAGAGAUAACAUUGCUUCACCAAUGAGCAAUAGGCCUUCCAAGUUCACCGCUACACCUAUUAAGUCCACUGCUGCUAUUUCUUUCAGAAGAGAUAAUAUUGUUACACCAGUGAACAAUAUGCCUGUUGGAUUAAGCACUGCAGACAAAAAGAGAUCUACUCCAAGAUCAGUUAACUUUACACCCAUUAGGGAACUUAAUAGGUUAACUGCAUCAGUCAUGAGAAAGUUUGAAAGUACCAGAGCUGGUGCUGGUCCUUCUAAGGCUUCAAAGGAUAACUUUACUCCUAUGAGAACUCCAACUAUGGCUUCCAAGGAGAUUCAAAAGCAUUCUUCAUUGACCCCAUUAACUGAAAAGAAAAGGAACAAAACACCUCUUGAUUUAUCUUCAGCACCACGCAGCCAUACGGGUGGCCUUAAAUGGAGCUUUCUUUCUGGAGAAAACAGAAUGAAGUCUCCACUUAUAUCAUCCCCUUUCAGCUUGAGGACAGAAGAAAGGGCUGCCAGAAGAAAGAAGAAACUCGAAGAAAAAUUCAAUGCUAAUGAAGCACAAAAAGUGCAGUUGCAGACCAAACACAAGGACAAAACAGAGACUGAGAUUAUUAGAAAACUACGCCAAAGCUUUUGCUUCAAAGCAAGGCCACUACCUGAUUUUUAUAAGGAAAGGAAAACAUCCAAGAGUGAGACAAAAAAGGUUGGCUUCCAGGAACAGCUGACACAUUCUGAAAUACCUAAAGAUGGAAGGAAAUCCACUCCUACAAUGGCAGAAAGCAAAACUGAUUUUCCUCCCAACAGAGCAGUAUUGAAAACCAGUGGCAGCACUAAGCAUUUCCAGGGAAAGAGUGGUCGCACUUUGACUCAUCCUCUAACUUCAACUUCCCACAUAAUUCCAACUCAUGAGAAUGUAUCACCAAAUAUUCAGCAUUCUAGAAACUACAAAUAUUAACCACGUUCAUUGCAAAUUAACCAUGGAGACUUGUAAAUGUACGAUGGGAUUGUGUUGUAUCAGAUUAAUUUAGACCUAAUGAUCAUAAGUAUAUAGCAACAUCGCUCAUUACUGUUCUUCUCA